AUGCACAGCAGAGACUGUGUCAAAGUGGCCGUCAGAGUCCGACCAUUCAACAAGCGAGAGCGGGAUGCGGGGAGCCACUGCGUCAUCUCCAUGGCAGCGAGCUCCAUCACCAUCCAUGAUCCUCGCCACUCACAGUGCCGUCGUUCAUUCUGUUUCGACUAUGCCUACUGGUCCCACAGUGGUUUCAUUCAAGACCAAACUGGUCUCUACCUGCCGGAGGAGGUCGGGGGGCGUUAUGCUGACCAGGAUUGUGUUUUUCAGGACCUUGGAGAGGGAAUACUGGAGAAUGCACUGCAGGGUUACAAUGCCACCCUGCUGGCCUAUGGGCAGACAGGUUCCGGGAAGAGUUACUCCAUGGUUGGCUACAGGCCCAAUAAAGGUCUGGUGCCCAAACUGUGUGAGCGACUUUUUGAGACCAUUAAAGGAAAGCAAGACGCAAGACAAUGCCAGGUCUUCUUCAGUAUGUUGGAAAUCUACAACGAGCAGGUGGUGGACUUGCUGUCUCGUGGCAGUCGUCCUCCAGGUGGGCUCCGGGUCAGAGAGGAGCAGCACAGAGGUUUCUAUGUGGAGGGUCUGCGUACUGUCCCCUGUGAUAGUGCAGCACAGGUGGAACAGUUGAUGGAGCAGGGCACCAGAACCCGGACCACUGCAGCGACUCACAUGAAUGCUAACAGCAGUCGCUCCCACAUGCUCAUUGUGCUGCAGCUCAAACAGAUCUUGUCUAAAGAGAGCAUCAGCAAACAGUCCAACAUCAACCUGGUGGACCUGGCAGGAAGUGAGCGUCAGAGGUCAUCGGGGCCAGAGGCUGACCGUCUCAAAGAAGGCACGGCCAUCAAUCUGAGCCUCACCACUCUAGGCAACGUCAUCAGUGCCCUCGCUGACAUGGCAGUGGGAAAGAAAGCGGUCCAUGUUCCAUACCGGGAUUCAGUCCUCACCAAGCUGCUGCAGUCCGCUUUGGGAGGGAAUAGCCGUACUGUCAUGAUCGCCACUCUGAGCCCUGCUGACAUCUGCUACGAGGAGUCUCUGUCAACACUUCGCUAUGCUGAGAGGGCAAAGCACAUCCAGAACCGGCCUGUGGUGAAUGAAAGCCCCACUGAGCGUCUGGUCAAAGAACUCAAAGCUGAGAAUGCCAGACUGCUACAGAGACUGAGCAGACUGGGCCAGGAGGGACGCAGUGCCAAUGAUGAGACCAAGGAGAUCCGUCAGCUGCUGGCACACAAUGAGCUCCAGAUCAGAGCCAUUCACACUCUGUGGGAGCAACAUCUGCAGGAGGCCCUCAAGGACUGGGAGCAACAGUACGCCCAUAUCACACAGGAGAGGAGAAUGAUGCAGAUGCAUCCUUACAUCCUGAACAUCAACGAGGACGCUCAGCUGUCUGGUGUGGUCAAGCUUUUUAUCCAAGAGGGUGAAUGGGACAUUGGCCUCUGUGACGACAUGCGCACAUCCAUCACCAUCAAGGGUUUAGGCAUCCAGCAGCGCCAUGCUGUGAUGAGGAAUGAACAGCGCCAGGUAACGCUAACCCCGCUGAUGGGGUCAAAGGUGACUGUCAAUGGUAGAGCUGUGUGUGAGACAACUAAGCUAAAGCACCUGGACAGACUCAUUCUUGGUUCCAACUGCACCUACCUUUAUAUCGGUUUCCCGUCAGAGAGGGGUGAUGAUGACUGGAGUAACUACGACUACGACUACUUCCUGUCAGAACUGGCUGCUGCUGAGGGCAUCCACCUUGGUGAAACCAGUGCAGAAUGUUGUGAGACGGAUCCAAGUCUGCUGGCCGUCUUUUAUGACUACAUCAAACUGAUGCCCCUGGUGGCUGAAGCCAACCAGAUGAGCCAGGAGUUAAACAAGGGGGUGGAGUUUAAAUUGGAGAUUAAGAAUCUGGUGCUGUCAGAUUCAAAAGGCCAUGACCUGGAGAAAGACAUUGUUUGCAGAGUCAUCUCGAAGCCAAGCAAACAGGUAUGGAUGUGGUCCAAGGCCAAGUUUGUGAACCGCAAAUUCCUGAUGGAAGAAAUCUACCAGCAGCAUCUGACCGAGCUGAAUGGAGAAAAUAGAGAAGCGGGCCUCUCCACAGCGACCUUGCCCAGAGAUAAGGACCCUUUUUGGGAUCCGGUAGAGCCGCUACUCCUGGGCACUGCUCACCUCUGGCUCCAGUCUUUGGCCUUCCGCAUUCCUCUGGAUGAACAACUGGAGGUCCUGGGGUCAGAGGGCAGCGAGGAGGGCAUUGUACACGCUAAACUGCUUCCUUGCACCUCUACUGGCAUGCCUCUGGGUGAAGAUGACAUCCUCAUCGACCCGUCUGAGCUUCUGGGUCGGCGUCUUGACGUCCAGCUAGUCCUGGAACAGUGUUUUGGACUACGCUGGAUCAGAGAGGACCGCAGUAGAGGCGUCCAAAUUGGUUUCAGGCUGUUUGACAGCUCUGUGCUGCUCUACACGUCCGCUGUCUGGCACAAUGUCAUCCCUGUGCUGCAUCACCGAGUCCACUUUGCCUCCCUCCAAGUGUCCGAGCAUCUACUUGAUUACCUUCAGAGCAGCGCUGUGCUUCUGGAGCUUUGGGGGCUUCAAGAGGGUUGCACUAGCUUGGUAUCACCGCUGGAGGGCGCUACAGUGACCACAGAGGGCAUCUUCAUUAUUGAUGGCAAUGGCACAGCUGAUGAUAUUCCUGCAGAUUCUGCAGCACUGAACACUUCACUAAAGGUGCUUCAGAAAGACUUGGAAGAACUGAAAAGCGUGAACAAGUCAUUGAUGAAAGAAAAUCAAAGUUUAAGAGGACAACUCAACGUGGCCAGGAACGGUACCAACAGUGCACGGAGUCGCUCGCUUCGGCCCAGUUGUGAUGCAGAAUUUGCUCGCUCACUGAAGGUUUUCUACCACAACAUGACCUCUGUCAGGGCUCAGUUGCAGAGUCUGUGCAGACAUAGGCCCAGCGAUUCAUGUGAUCUGUUGGGUCUACGACUUUUUGUGGACGAGCAGAGUGGUCUGCUGAAAGACUUCUCGGAGCACCUGGAGACAACCGUGUCAGCUCUCAAACACGACGUCGCAGCCAUCGUCCGACGCAAGAGAGAACGAUGGGGAUCUUGGUCUUGACGGUUUUGUUAUUCACUGAAGCACUCACGGUUUCAUUUGUGUUUAUUUGUAAGUUUGAAUGUGUGCUGAAUAAAAAACUAAAGUGGAGCUUGUAAGACAUGAGGGAACAGUACAAGGCUUAUUAAAGUCCAUAAAAAAUUUAUUAGACUGUAUGUAAAAGUAGUUAUCGCAGUUCCAAACCGCAAAUAAAUUAAAACACAAACACAAUUCCGGUUUUUACAAUAUGAUGAUCCAUUGCCUGACAUAAGUGUGAGAUUAAUUACUGUAGAUGUCCUAUUUUUUUAAUUACAGUGUGUUGUGCUUCCAAAUAUCUUGCAGCGUGACAAUCUACAGUGUAUAAGAUAAGAUGCUUGCUGGAGGUCCAACAAGAGGCAGGAGAGGCAGAAGGCAAGAUUAGUUACUGGACAGGAUGGACAACACUUGUACUGCAAUGUGAGUCAGCAGUUAUGUGAAGACAAAAAGAUGCUUGAUAGGAAUCGUACAGGUGAGGUAGGUUCACAUGAAGCUUGUCAUAUUUACAAGAUGGCAGGGAAAAUGUAAAGUUUGAGCCACAUGCCCAAGUAAAGUAGUAGGUGUAUUAUCAAGUAGAACUAUGAAAGUUAGAAGUAAUGAACUAGCUGUUUGCACUGUUUGCCCUUUUUAAAAAAAUUUAUACUCGCUAUGCAGAUGACAGAAGUAUCAGUAAAAUCAAAUUCUGUGCUAACUGGACUUGGAGUAAUUGACUCAGUCAGUCAGUGCAACAAUCAGUGCUAAAUUGUGUUGGGCCACCACUGUUUUAUGUUUACAAUACAGUGUAGAACUCAUCUCUCUCAGCCACACACAAUCACAAACACUCAACACUGUUCACAGUACAAAAAUAGUUGGACUAAAACACAGAGGUCCACUGUUUCACAUUAGGUCCAUGUAUUGUACAAAUAAGGCUCCAGUCUAGAUUGAGACGUUGUUUUAAGUUAACGUGUUAGUGGACAAGCCAUUUAGAUUAACAUCAUGUUCUUGAUGAUGUGACUUGUUAAACUGGAGUCCAGUGUCGAGUUUAACAUCUCUCCUUGAAACUAUUCACACUAACUCGCCGUUCUCAGGCGCUGGUGCCCUCGUUUUCUGCAACCCGGCCGUCACUUGCCGUGGAUCCAUGCGUGAUGAGCGUAGGCGGGGCCUCACUCACGUCCCUCUGGCUGCCGUGAAUGGAGGGCUGGUGGUUGAGACGUGGCAUGCUGCCAUG